AUGAAAAGUAGCCUUGUCAGUGGGUUUGCUGAGGGGCCACAUGAAGGCAAUACGAUUCAUACGCUGGUGACGAGCAAUGGCAGUCCUUACCAGAACAUCCAGACAAGAAUUAUGUAUGCCACUUACAAACUUGCCCAACAGAUGGAUGGCGGCGAGAGGAUGGUUGCUUUCACUCGCAUCUUGCACCGCACAGUGGAAGACUUGCUUAUGAACGAGGUGCCCACUGUGAGGGUGAAUCCCCGUGAUCCUGCUUGCGAUCUCUGGUGCGACUUCCCUGUAGCUGACAGGCCGGGAGCAGUGCGGCAGUUUCUGUUGGCUGCCAAAACGGAUCCGGCAUUGAUCAAGGCGCCAUGGCUGCUCCUCAUAGAGACAGACUAUGUGUGGGCAAAACCAAUAAAGGCAGGGACCAUCCCAUGA